CCCCCGCACGCAGGCGUAGUGCGCACGCCGGCUAAGCUGGGUCUCGCGGCUCGGUGUGCGGCAGCGGACAGCGAGGCCUGGUGGGCGCCGCCGGGGUGCGGGCCCGGUUGGUGGAAGUUGUGCGCGUAAGAGGCGCGGCGGGCAGAUAAGAGAGCAAGCGCCUCACCCUAGCUGUGGCACCGGGACCGGUCGCCUGGAGCUGAAAUCAUGACCACUCCAGGAAAAGAAAAUUUUCGCCUAAAAAGUUACAAGAACAAAUCUCUGAAUCCUGAUGAGAUGCGCAGGAGGAGGGAGGAAGAAGGGCUGCAGUUACGCAAGCAGAAAAGAGAAGAGCAAUUAUUCAAGCGUAGAAAUGUGGCUACUGCAGAAGAAGAAACAGAAGAAGAAGUUAUGUCUGAUGGUGGCUUUCAUGAGGCCCAGAUUAAUAACAUGGAGAUGGCACAGGGUGGUGUCAUUACUUCUGACAUGAUUGAAAUGAUAUUUUCUAAUAGCCCAGAGCAACAACUUUCUGCAACUCAGAAAUUCAGAAAACUGCUUUCAAAAGAACCUAAUCCUCCUAUUGAUGAAGUAAUCAGCACACCAGGAGUAGUGGCCAGGUUUGUGGAGUUCCUCAAGCGAAAAGAGAAUUGUACACUGCAGUUUGAAUCAGCUUGGGUACUGACAAAUAUUGCUUCAGGAAAUUCUCUUCAGACCCAGAUUGUGAUUCAGGCAGGAGCAGUGCCCAUCUUCAUAGAAUUGCUCAGCUCAGAGUUUGAAGAUGUCCAGGAACAGGCAGUCUGGGCUCUUGGCAACAUUGCUGGAGAUAGUACUGUGUGCAGGGACUAUGUCUUAGACUGCAAUAUCCUUCCCCCUCUUUUACAGUUAUUUUCAAAGCAAAACCGCUUGACCAUGACCCGGAAUGCAGUGUGGGCGUUAUCUAAUCUCUGUAGAGGGAAGAGUCCACCUCCAGAAUUUGCAAAGGUUUCCCCUUGUCUGAAUGUCCUUUCCUGGUUGCUGUUUGUCAGCGACACUGAUGUACUGGCUGAUGCCUGCUGGGCCCUCUCAUAUCUAUCAGAUGGACCCAAUGAUAAAAUUCAAGCAGUCAUCGAUGCAGGAGUAUGUAGGAGACUUGUGGAGCUUCUGAUGCAUAAUGAUUAUAAAGUGGUUUCUCCUGCUUUGCGGGCUGUAGGAAACAUUGUCACAGGGGAUGAUAUUCAGACACAGGUCAUUUUGAAUUGCUCAGCUCUUCAGAGUUUAUUGCAUUUGCUGAGUAGCCCAAAGGAAUCCAUCAAAAAGGAAGCAUGUUGGACAAUAUCUAAUAUCACAGCUGGAAAUAGGGCACAGAUCCAGACUGUGAUAGAUGCCAACAUUUUCCCAGCUCUUAUUAGUAUAUUGCAAACUGCUGAGUUUCGGACAAGGAAAGAAGCUGCCUGGGCCAUCACAAAUGCAACUUCAGGAGGGUCAGCUGAGCAGAUCAAGUACCUAGUAGAACUGGGCUGCAUCAAACCGCUCUGUGAUCUCCUUACUGUCAUGGACUCAAAGAUUGUACAGGUUGCCCUAAAUGGCUUGGAAAACAUCCUGAGGCUUGGAGAACAAGAAGCCAAAAGGAAUGGCACUGGCAUUAAUCCUUACUGUGCUUUAAUUGAAGAAGCUUAUGGUCUGGAUAAAAUUGAGUUCUUACAGAGUCAUGAAAACCAGGAGAUCUAUCAAAAGGCCUUUGAUCUUAUUGAGCAUUACUUUGGGACCGAAGAUGAGGACAGCAGCAUUGCACCCCAGGUUGACCUUAGCCAGCAGCAGUACAUCUUCCAGCAGUGUGAGGCUCCUAUGGAAGGUUUCCAGCUUUGAAGCAAUACUCUGCCUUCUUGUUCCUGUGUCAGACCAGGCUGUCCAGUCGAGUCCUCUUGUGGAGCCCACAGCCCUCAUGGAGCUAAUUUUUCAAAUGUUUUCCAUAAUACUGUUUGCGCUCAUUGCUUGCCUUGCGCACCUGCUCUCUUACACACAUCUGGAAAACCUCUGGCUCUUUGUGGCGGAAUGCCCUUGUAAUAAAGGGUAAUCAGAAUGGCCCACUCUCUAUGGAAAAAUCCCUAAGUUUUGGAGAUCCACUCUUAUAUUAGAGUCAUGGGAAUAUACGCGUAUUAAUGUGGCUCCCUUUUUUGUGGGGGAAAAAAAGAGGACUCUUCCUCAUUCCUUAAAGUGGGGAAAAAAAAAAUGACAUUAAAGAAACCUAAAACCUUUAUCUUGAAUUUCACACAACUACUUGCAACAAGGGAGAUGUUUAGACUUGUGUAUGCUUCAGAGUACUUUUCUUGAGUUCUUCCACAGUGAACCCUUGGAUUACCUGGUGGCAUUUUCUAGACAAAUUUGCAUUAACCCUUAACUGAGAUUGGAUGGUUUUCUUUACUCUAAUGGAGUCAUUCUUCAGAUAUUAACAUCAAACCAUCCACUCCCUCACCUUCAGCCUUCAGUGAAUGUGCUUUCUAGUUGUCAGGAAUGCUGAAGAAUUAACACUUUGACUUUUAAAUGUGAUACAGGUUAGCAGAUUCCCUUAAAGCAGAAAGGAGAGGAGCACAUAUUAGUACAACUUUUGCUUCUUUGAUCUUACUGUGUUUUAGGAUUUGGAAGUGGUUCAGUUUUAAUGCUGGUAUAGAGAUUUAAAGUUCUCAGUAAAAUCAUGUUCUAAAAUUCAACUAAAAGAAUAAGAGGAAAACAAACCUUCACUUUCCCUAAACCUCAACCAUUGUGACUAGAGGCUGUGUGUCUGUAUGACGAGAGAUGCUCAGGCUUUGUGGUCCUGAUCAAGGGCCUAGGUAAAUUGGAGUUCACCCUAGGUGCUUUUCCUCUCUGUGACUGGCAGAUAACACAUAUUUAAAUGUUACUUAGGGAUUUUUUUUUCUUAGUCAAGUGCAGCUUGAUUCUAAUGUAGUCCUGCUGCAUAUAUGGUCCUUUAAUGCAGCAUUCUUAUCUUUAAAAACUUAAAGUCUUCUCAACAUGACCUCUGAGCUGUAAGGGAGGCGGUCUUUUUCUAAUAACCUCAGUGUUCCCUAAUCAUUUUAUUUCAUCUCCUAUUCGUAGCCUACCUCCCCUAAUAAGAACAGUGCCCACCUCCUGCUUAUUUAAUGAUGACUGCAAUCUGCACCUGCAAAUGGCGCUUCCAGUACUGUGUUCACUGAUCCACAUUUGUGCUUGGAUUAGAAUGGGGGAAAGAAACAGAAACAAAAAAGUGUAAUUGCCAAGAGAACUGCGAAUGAGUUCAAUACGACUUCCCGGUGCUAGUUGGCCGUCUUGGCUCAAUGUUGGGACAUACCAUCAAAGAAGAUGAGUUUUUGAUGCUGUUCCGUUGAAAAUGAAUUCUGAAGGAAAAGUUGCUCACUUCUGUUUCAGAGGAUACCUUUUAAACCUCUUUAAACUUAUCCUCUUAUAGAAUUCAUUAUAACCCCAAAGUGUAAAAAACUAUCUGGAAGUUGCCCCGACAAGCUCUUUCAUAUCUCUGGUAAAUCCUGCUGAAUGUAAGGGGUAUUUCAGAGCUUUCAUACCUCAUCAUGAUGCUGUUUAUACAGCCAACUCAUUAAAAUUCACUUCAUUUAAACUAGAAAGCUUCAGAGACAAAGGACACUUAUCCGCCAAGAGUGUGACGCAUUCUUCGCCUCUAGUGUUUAGUUGUGUCUGUGCUCUGGGAUGGAUACCGUCUGAUGUCUGUUACUGAUGGAGCAGCCACUACAAAACUAGUCAACUCCCAUCUAUCCUGUUCAUUUCUAGUGCUGCUUUGUGCUGAGAGAACAUUUUAGUUUACUGCACUUGACCUGUACAAGACUGAUUCUUUGUAAUUUUAGGGAUAAAUUAGGUGGUUAAUUUAAAGACGAACUUUCAAUGUUGCCUUUACAUCACAUUAAAAUAUAACUUCUUUCAGAAGGGUAAUAGAAGCACUGAUUCAUAGUGAAAAUUGUGUUUUUAGCUUUGACCUUUUUUGUGGCUGAUUUUUAAAAAAGCAAUGUAAAUUACUGGUAACAUGUUAUUUCUAUAGAAUGCUUUAAAUUAUGUACCUUCUAUUGGAUAGUUAAAGUCUUUGCAUCUUAUAAACCAGUUUGAAUGAAAAGAGAUAUAAAGCACACAGAGUUGUCUUCACACAUUAAUAAGAGCAUACAGCUGGAAUUUUUGCUAACAAUUGCAGGGUGUCUCAGUGAAUUAAGGGCCAUUUAACAGAUGUGAUCUGUUUUAUCUAAAACAGAAGGAUUACUCUUAAUCCUUAUCCUAGAAGUUCAUGAACCCUAAUUUCUGAACUUGUUUUUUUUAUAAUAAAAUGAUUUUUUAAGUGUAAAAUUUGGAAUUAACAAAAAUUAAACCCCAGCAAAAUUCAGAUAUUCUAGAAUUCAGUACAAUUAAGUAUACUUUUUUUUAAAAGGGUAUCUAUAAAUCCUACUUGUCCUUCACUUGGCAAAGUCUUGUUCAUUUAACUUAAUCUCUUGACUGUAUCAGAAGGGUGUUGCUCAUUACAAAAACAUGUUAAUUACAACAGCAGAAAACCUUAAUGGGGCAGGGUGUGACUUUUCCUUUCCCUGUCUUCCUCCAAACUCCCAGUAUGGAUUUUGUUCUGAGAACUUUGGUAAGAGAAAAGCAAAUACAGAGAAUUUGAGAUGUAAAGACAUCUGAUAUCUGCUGGACCAGCAGGUAAACAUCCUUGUAUGGAGGAAGGAAUAGAAAGUAAGGCUGCUGGAUAUGAAGCAGAUGAUUUAGGAGAUAAUUCUUUGUGGAACACUUUGCUCUGCUCACUAUUCAAAGCCAGUUUUAUAUUGCCCUCAUCAGUAGUACUGUUUUUGGAAACUCUUGCCCUAGGGUUGUUUCUUCCAUAAGCAGGCAAAGUUGAUGGGACUCUGGGUGGUUUUUAGCCUUGCUGUCACAGAAAAAAAUUAGCAGCUGUCCAAAAAUAAACGAAUAUUUCAGUUGCUGAUAUGCCUAAGAAAAAGUAUGUAAGUAUAAUUUAUCAACAAACUGUCAACCAAAUUCUCUAUUGUACAUUACUACCUACAGGCAACUUUGGAUUUAUUUCUGUAGUGCUAAAUAAACAUUUCAGCUGUUUGAUCCCCAAACAUGGGGCUGCAUUGUAAAA